GCAGCUGUGGGUGCUCGCUGAUGUGAGAUGAGAUCACCCGAACCGGACAGAUUAGAAUAGAAAUCUUGGUCUAGUUUCAUCACGUCACUACUACAUUAACACGGGGAGCCUUUGAUUUCGUAUGAGCAUCAAAUAGGGAGCACAUGUUGACAAGUUUAACUCAGCUGGUCGAGGCGGAGGCAGGUUUUGAGGGACUCUAGAAAGGGCUGAGUGGACCGAGUGUUCAGUUAAUGGGAAUUUCACGUUUGACUAAUCAAAAAUAGUGACUGCACCGGAUCACCAAAUUAAAGCAUUCCUGCAUUCACCAUCACUGCCAGCAACGGGACCUUCUUACACAGUGAAAGAUGAAUCACCUGUCUUUGAGUGAGCUAUGCUGCCUCUUCUGCUGUCCACCGUGCCCAAGCAAAAUCGCCUCCAAGCUGGCCUUCCUUCCCCCGGAGCCCACGUACACCUUGAUGUGUGACGAGAGUGGCAGCCGAUGGACCCUCCACCUCUCCGAGCGUGCGGAUUGGCAGUACUCUGCCCGGGAGAAAGAAGCCAUUGAGUGCUUCAUGAUUCGGACAUCUAGGGGGAACCGUAUUGCUUGCAUGUUUGUGCGAUGUUCUCCCAAUGCACGUUAUACGUUGUUGUUUUCCCAUGGUAACGCUGUGGACUUGGGCCAGAUGAGUAGCUUCUACAUUGGCCUGGGCUCCCGCAUCAACUGUAACGUGUUCUCAUAUGACUACUCUGGUUACGGGGCAAGCUCAGGGAAACCUUCAGAGAAGAAUUUGUACGCUGAUGUGGAUGCGGCUUGGCAUGCACUACGAACAAGGUAUGGUAUCAGGCCGGAGAAUGUGAUAAUUUAUGGCCAGAGUAUUGGCACGGUCCCUUCAGUUGAUCUGGCUUCUCGCUACGAGAGUGCUGCGGUCAUCCUACACUCCCCUCUGACCUCAGGCAUGCGAGUGGCUUUUCCGGACACCAAGAAGACCUACUGCUUCGAUGCAUUCCCCAACAUUGAUAAAAUCUCUAAAGUGACCUCUCCGGUGCUGGUAAUCCAUGGUACGGAGGAUGAGGUGAUUGAUUUUUCCCAUGGACUGGCCCUGUACGAGCGCUGCCAACGGCCUGUGGAGCCGCUCUGGGUGGAGGGGGCCGGCCACAAUGAUGUAGAGCUGUAUGGACAGUACUUGGAACGCUUGAAACAGUUUGUAGCCCAUGAACUUGUAGACUUAUAAAUGGACUUCAAGAUUAGGACUCACCAGUUAGCAACUGUGAACUUGACUGCAUUUAUCGUGUGUGUGUGUGUGUGUGUGUGUGUGUGUGUGUGUGUGUGUUUCUUAAUUAUUGAGUUGCACUGCUCAGUGGUGUAUAGAAGAUGGGAGGAGUGUCCUUACUGCCUUUCUUAGGGGUGUAUUUGUUUACCUGUAGUGGUGUGAGUGAGGGGUCAGCUGAUUCAGUGGCCCGAUGGAAGUUUCUGCUUGUGUCUUGAUACUGUGUACUAUAGAAUGAAACCCAUUCCAUUUAAGUCAGAUUUUUGUCUUUUGAUUUUGCUGUAUGCCUGUUUUAUAAGACCAUGUGGUGAACACAAUGAAGUACUCUACAAUGCAACAGAUGCAACAUUCUGACACAAAACAUUUGCCAUACAGGUGAUGCCAAAUACACACAGAGUGUGUGUGUGUGUGUGUGUGUGACUUUGAUACAUUACUGUUUAAAACAUCUCUGCUUAAAUGUGUACACGUUAUGUAAUUUCGUUUUUAUUUUAGUUAUUUUUGUAUUUUCCAGUGUUCUACAUGGCAACACACAUACUCUUCUAUACUUCACUUUAAAAUGUAUUAUCCUCUGUUGACAAUAUGAAAGUAGUAUGUUUUAACUUUCAAAUAAAGAAAUACACUUUGAAAUAAACACUUAAUUGCAGCUUGUAAAAGCCCAAACUGAACACACAUUCUGCUCAAGUACAACUCAGUGUCCGUAUACAGUACUGUGCAAAUGUUUUUGGCACUUAAGAUGUUUCACAAAAACAUUUGUCUUAAGAUGGUUAUUUAUAUAUUCAGCUUUAGUGUGUCAAUAGGAAAGAUACAUUUUAGACUCCCAAACAUUACUUUUGCAAAUAGAAAAGAUUAGAAUAGAAGAACAGGGCACUCUGCAUGAGAUGGCAUUGCCCCCACAAAGCCCCCCACUGACCAUCGAGUCCGUCUGGGAUUACAAGAAGAGACAAGAACUGUGGCGAAUUCUCCAAGAAGCUUGGAACAUCCUAUCUGCCAACAACCAAGAAAAACUGUGUCCAGAUGUACCUAGUAGAAUUGGGGCUGUUUUAAAGGCAAAUGUGGCCACACUGAAUACUGAUUUAGCUUUUUUAUGUUUACUGGACUUUGUAUGACAUGAAGUGAUAAAUGAAAACUAUUUAUGGCUUUAUUUUUGAAGACAUCACUAUGCAACAUUUUUCACAAGUGCCUAAAAUUUUUGCACAGUACUGUACAUAUUUGUUAUCCACAGAUGACUCGUUUUUGCACUUUUUUUUAUUUAUUUUUUUAAGGAAAAUAAUAUUGAUUACACACUCAACACACCUCUUGAUUCUGUAUGGAAUCAUUGCUUUCUUUUAUUAAAAUUGUCCAUUUAUACUGUCUUGUGUAUCAGAUGAAACCCAUAUACAGAAAUGCACAAAACUUUGUUGUUUUAUGCCAUGAUAAGGCUGUUACUUUGGACUUCUACUGCUCAAUUCAUGCAGUAGCGAUGUCAGAAGGUUUCUGUAGAUAAUCUAAGUUUGACUGAAACACACUGACUUGGUGAUAUGAGUUUGGAUGGAUGUGAUUUAUGUUUAUAUGUAAGGAAACAGAACAAUUCUCUUAAAUAUAUCUUCAUCUCAUUUGUUUGGAUGGGUUUUUUUUUUUUUUUUUUUUUUUUUUUUUGAAUGGCUGUACAAUAAAACUGGUAAUAAUACCAUUACUGAUAUAACUUGAUUUUAUUAUAAUGUAUUGCUCAGAAAAGAUUUUAACUGGUCAGACUGAAGCACAAACUGAUAUACUUCAAUUUGUCCAGAUGUGUUUUUCUUUUUUGUAAAAAUGAAAUUUGCUACACUGUGUGUAAUAAUGAUCUUGACAAUAGUUAUAAUUCAAAAAUUUAAAUAAACAUGUAUUUCAAAGACUA